UCCAACCUUAAACCACUAAGAUAUAAAAUGAAUUUUGUUAUAAAAAUUUUGAUCCUUGAACAAUGAAUGAAAACUCUACCCUACACUGUAUAUUCAUCGUCAUAUAAUGUAGAAAUGACUUAUUCUUCUCUCCCUUAGGCCUUGUUUGUUUUAGUCUGAAAGUGAUGAAAUUGGACUAACAAUUUCGUGGAUCUCAUAUUCUCCAAUAGAGAUAAACUUAUUCACGACACAGCCGUGAAUAGUUCCUUUAUGGUUUUUCAAUUAAUUUUACUCGUGGAAAUUCUUUUCGGUUAAUGAGAUUCUUGAACUUUGUUACCCAUAGCAGGAAAUUAAUUGUACUCCAGUGAAACCUAUUGGAAAAUUAUAAAAUUGUGUUUGAAUUAUAAAUUUAUUUAGUAAUUUGAAAAAAGAAAUGGAAAAUGUGAAGCAGCUAAAUUUGCCUCAUCUUUUUUCUUUUUUCAAAUUCCUCCUUAAAUUCAUGAUCCAAACAUAGUGUAAAGAAAUUAUUCACAGUACAUCCGUGAAUAAGUUUAUCUCUUUGUGAUAAUAUCAUGGGACUACGAAUCUCUUCCAAGGGGUAUUAGCAAUCCCAUGAGGGGUUGUGUUUCACAGUCCAAUCCCUUGAGAUCGAGAUUGGACGUAAAAAUAUCAUUACAUCCGCACUUUACAAAAAUAAUAAAAUUAAUUUUAUAUAUUAAGGACUUUUACAUAAAUUUAUAGAUUAAAUGACAACCAACUAAUAUUACCAUACUCCUAUACAAACAAAUAAAAUUUAUUUUUACAUUUUUAAUGACACUAAUAAUCCCCUCAUUCAAUCCUAUCGUACUAAUAACCCAUCCAAUCUGGCAAACAAACUUCGUUACUUUAGGGGAGGUGUUUCAGUGGUUCUUUCUCUAACAGAAGAAGAAGUAUACUAACUUUUCUUUGCUUUCAAACAUACAACAAUAAAUUCAGUAUCAUAUAUAUACACCAUUUCAUGGUGCUGGAUUCAUCAGAAAAUCAUGGCAAAUUGGCUUAUUAUUUUCUUCACCUCCAUUGUGUGGUGGUGUUGCUUUGGCAACACCCCUGCCACUUACUUGCAAAAUGAGACAGAUAGAUCAGCCUUGAUUGCUUUCAAGUCUGCCAUUGAUCAAGACCCAUUUGGGGCAUUGAGAUCCUGGAAUGAUUCAGUGCACUACUGCGAUUGGAAUGGCAUCUUGUGUAGUCAUCGACAUCCCAAUAGAGUCGUGAUGGUGAGACUACGGUCGCAAGGCCUGGUGGGAUCACUCUCACCUCAUAUUGGAAACCUCUCCUUCCUCAAAAGCCUCAUUCUUCAAAACAAUAGCUUCCAUGGCCCAAUCCCACAAGAGAUUGGUCGCUUGUUUCGACUUCGAAACAUUUCACUCAGCAACAAUUCAUUUCAUGGUGAAGUACCCACCAACUUUUCCCAAUGCUCAAAUCUUGAAAUCCUUAACUUGAUGGACAACAACCUAACCGGAAACAUCCCAGCCGAGUUAGGAUCUUUGUGGAAGCUUAGACUUUUAGGCUUAAGUAUUAACAAGAUUUCAGGAACCAUCCCUCCUUUUCUUGGCAAUCUUUCCUCUCUUACCCAACUUUCCUUAGGACGAUGUGCUUUGCAUGGAGAGAUUCCAAAGGAAAUUGCCCAACUUCAAGGCUUGAUAUUGUUUUUUAUCUCUGAAAACAAUAUAGCUGGCGAGGUUCCUUCAAGCAUUUACAACAUCUCCACUCUGUCUUGGUUUGAAAUUUUUGAUAACCAACUUCGUGGAAGCAUUCCUCCUGAUAUAGGCUUAACCCUACCCAAUCUCAAGCUUCUUUUUCUUACUGAAAAUAAGUUCACAGGACCACUUCCUAUUUCAUUGUCAAAUGCUUCCAAACUUCAACAGAUAGGCUUUGAUUAUAACAACUUUGUGGGGCCAAUGCCAAGAGAUCUUGAAAGACUUUUAAGUCUACGAAAGUUUGGCGUUGGUGAAAAUUUGUUGCAGGAUGACCUCAGUUUUAUUUCAUCACUAACGAAUUGCACGAGUUUACAAGCGUUUAGCGUUGGCGGCAAUUUUCUCAGAGGUCCGGUGCCCGAGUCCAUAGCUAAUCUCUCUUCCGAGGUUAGCAUAAUUAGUAUGGAGGACAAUGAAAUAUAUGGAAGCCUACCAUCAGGUAUUGGGAACCUCCUCAAUCUGAGUAUCUUUGAUAUGGCAACGAAUCAUCUUAGUGGCCCUAUUCCUACCACCAUUGGGAAACUUCAUAAUUUGCACGGACUUUACUUAGGCGUAAACUAUUUCACACAAUUACCAUCUUCAAUAGGUAACUUGACUUUGCUAAAUGAUCUCUACUUGGUUCAAAACAAAAUCCAUGGAAGCAUACCUUCAAGUCUCGGCAACUGUCAGAACUUGUUGGAUUUAAAUCUUGCUCAUAAUAAUUUCCAUGGCUCAAUACCCCCUGAAAUUAUGAGUCUCUCUUCCAUUUCAAUUUCCUUCAACUUAUCUUACAAUGCGUUGACUGGUUCUCUUCCAUUAGAAGUUGGGUCUUUGAAAAAUCUUGCAACAUUAGAUGUGUCCAAUAAUAGAUUAUUAGGAUCUAUUCCGAACUCUCUAAGCAAUUGUUUGAGCUUGGAAUGGCUUCAUUUGGAAGGUAAUUCAUUUGAAGGUGAGAUACCUCAAAGUUUAAGAGAGUUAAGGGGUUUACGAGAGUUGGACCUUUCACGCAACAAUUUAUCGGGGUUGAUCCCAAGUUAUCUAAGUGAGCUCCACUUAGAAAAGUUGAAUAUAUCUUUUAACAAGCUACAUGGGCGAGUUCCAAUGGAAGGAAUUUUUCGAAAUGAAAGUGCUAUUUCGGUGGUUGGUAAUAAUGAUCUAUGUGGAGGCAUUCCAUACUUGCGUCUUCCUCUCUGCCCAUCAUCAAAGUCCAACAAGAAUAAGCUCUCUCGCAAGAUAAAAGUGAUACUCACUGUUGUGGUUGUUCUUGUGUUAUGUUCAAUUUUGUUGGUUUGCUUAUUCAUAUUCCUUCAUUGGCGACGUGUUUCAAGAAAGAAGGCCUUUUCCGUGCCAUCACUCAAGCACCAUCUGUUACGGGUUUCUUAUGCAGAACUUUUGAAAGCUACUGAUGGAUUCUCAGAGGACAAGCUAAUUGGUGUUGGGAACUAUGGUUCUGUUUACAAAGGAAUUCUUGAUCAAGUUCAGAUAAUAGUGGCAGUAAAAGUACUCAAUCUCCAACUCAGAGGAGCUUCUAAAAGUUUUAUGUCAGAAUGCAAAGCACUAAGAACCAUAAAACAUAGAAAUCUCUUGAAAAUUUUGAGCGCUUGUUCUAGUGUGGAUUUCCAAGGUAAUGAAUUUAAGGCAUUGGUAUAUGAGUUUAUGGCCAAUGGAAGCUUAGAGAAAUGGUUGCAUCAUGAUGGAAUCAAAAAUAAUGGACAAGAAGAAGAAUCCAGAAAUCUAAAGUUGAUUCAAAGGCUAAACAUUGCCAUAGAUGUUGCUUCUGCAAUUGAGUAUCUUCACUGUCACUGUGACUCAAUAAUUAUUCAUGGUGAUCUAAAGCCAAGUAAUGUUCUUUUGGAUGAUGAGAUGAUCGCUCAUGUUGGAGACUUUGGGUUAGCCAAAAUUAUUAUUUCAAAUGAGGUGGUACAACAUCAGAGCAAUUCAACUGCAGUAAGGGGAACUAUAGGCUAUGUUGCUCCAGAGUAUGCCAUGGGCAACAGGGCUUCCACAAUAGCCGAUGUGUAUAGCUAUGGGAUUCUUCUCUUGGAGAUGUUUACAGGUAAAAGACCAACUGAUAACGUAUUUAAGGAUGAUCUAACUCUUCAUAUCUUGGUUGAGAGUGCUUUGCCCGACCAAGUGCCGGAGAUUGUGGAUCCCCGCAUUCUUUCAGAACACGAGCCAAGAAGUUGGCUUAAAGACAAUCUGGUUUCUGUCUUGAGAAUUGGAGUUGCAUGUUCAAUGGAAUCACCAAGGGAUCGAAUGCAGAUUCAAGAUGUAGUUAAUGUAUUACGUAAGAUAAAAAAAGUUUGUGAAAAUAAUGGGUUGAGACAAGACUAGGAAAAUCUUAUCAAACAUGAAAUCCAAAGGAAAUACAAGCAAAUCAAAUCAAAUCAUGCUUAUGACUGCCCUAUUUUCUCUGAGGAUGCUUAGGGGCUACAAUCUAUAUGUUGGUGUGAUCCUUACGUUGUCUUCAUCAGCUGUGCGUUCAAUAAAUAACUUCGACUUUACUUCUCAUGUGGAGUUGUAAAAUUUGUUGAUGUGGGAUCGUUUAGAGUAAGUGUAUACGUCUGUAACUUUUCCUUUUCUUAUCUUGUUUAUGAUCUUUCGGGUGUAAUGUUAGCACUUCACUAAAUUACUUGUCAUCAUUUCAUUAGUAUAUUUCUAAGUUUCAUUUGUGGUUCUUGAAAUUCAAAUAAGCUAGAGAUAAAGUUUCUCUGCUUGUCCGAUUUUAGUGUGGUUUUAGUUUCUUUUGUGACAGUGGUUGUGUUUGGGGUUUUCAUGGUUAUAAGUGCAAAAGGUGUUGGCACCUCAUAUCACCCUUCUUGUUCCAUCACCCUUCAUGGUUGCUAGUAGGCUUUAUUUCUAGAUAAAAUAUUAUUGUAAUUUUGAUCAAAGUAAAAUUUGGGUUCUCUUUCAAAUCGUGGCUUAAAGCCACUACUUGAGUGACUUAGGCCUUGGGUCGGCCCGAGAGGCAUGAGGGGGCAUUAGUAAUGGUUCACUUGAAUGGUGUGUGGGUGCAAAGGGGUUUGACUUAAAAAUGAGUGUAAUAGCCGUAUCGUAUAAUUAUUAACAUGUAAUAUUAUCAUUCAAUAAUAAAUUAUCACAUGGUAUGAUAAAUACUAUUUAAAUGUAAUUAUUAGAUUCAAUAUAAUUUAAUAACUAUCACAUUUGAUACAUAAUAUUUAUUACAUUUACAUAUGAUGAUUUAUUAUAUUAAAUAAUAAUAUUAUGCAUUUAAUCAUAACGAGAUAUUAACAUUAUACUAAAUUAUUAAGGGUUUGCUCUUAGUCCACUUGAAUUGUGUGUGAAAGAGAGAACGCAAGCGUCUUCACCUUAAUUGUCUUAAAAUAAGUUUCUAUUCAUCAAUUGAGGGCCUUUUGCUAAUGCUACCAAUUUCACACAUUUUUUCUUACUGAAAUAUGACUAUGUUGAAUUUUAAAUGACCUUGAAGCUCCCUAGAUUGAAGAGGCUAGUGCUUUUCUCUUUUGAAUUAGGACCUUAAAUUUGCAUGGACUAGUGUUUGGGUGUCAUGACAACUAAAAGUUUUUACAUUUUGUUGGACCUUUGGAAAUUUUGUGCUUUUAACUAAUAACCCGAAAGCUGCACUGUUGACUUGAAAUUUGGCACUGAAAGAAAACUGUGGCUCAAAAAAUCACUAUAAGAAGUUUAAAAUAUAAGCAAAUAAUAAAAGAAAACUUAUGGUUUAUAGAAGUGUUUGCUUCAUUUUGUACAGAGUGAAAAAUCAAGUUGCCGAUUCAUUUUACUUCAUUGCCUUUGAUAAGGAUCCCUGAAAUGAGGCUAAUUUCUAUUCUAAAAAAUUAAAAUUAUGGACAAAAAAGUAGUAUUACAUGAUGAAAAAUGUUAGUAUUUAGAGGUUCAAAAAACAAUGUCCAAUUCAGCUUAAAUUGGAGGUAGCAGCUCAAGAUGCAGGGGGCAUUGGGUAUUGAGAACGUUUAUGCUAGGAUCUGCUAAAUAUUAAUGAGAUCACUUGCCACUAAAUUUUUUUCUUUUUUUUUGAUCGGAGAAAAAUCAAUAAUUAGUUAUUAUAUUAGCAACUUGGGAGAGUUGAACCCCCAAUAUCAAUAUACAUCUCUCUCUGACUAUAGACUUUCCCUUUUACUAAUCAAAUAAAAGUGAGGAAGAUGUAGUAUCAUUGAUUUAUUUGACAAAUAGUGUCGUGGGUCAAUUUUAUUGAUGGCCCAAAUCAUUGCUUGGUUGUAUUCACUAUGAAAAGGAAUACAAUGAAAUCUAUACUUUU